CCUUCCCCCUUCGGCCCUUCCCCAUUAGUCUGUUCGCCGCCGCGGAAAAAUGGGCAGGCUUCGUCCCAUUUUCUUCUUCUUCCGCGCCAUUCUCGCUCUGAAAUAAACCAUUUCUGCUAUCAAUGGCGGAAAGUCGUUUUAACCCUAGAAUACCCAGCGGAAACACUCGUGGACUACUGGCACGGAUCUAUGAUCCCUCAUUUCAGAUUAACGAAGAAGAAGAGGAAGCUGAUUCUACAGGUUCCUCCAUUGACGAAGAGAAAGCUGAUCCUACAGAUACCUCUCUUCAGAUUGUCAGAGAAGAAGAAGUUAUUCCAGAAAUUCCCAACCCUCCUGCUCUCGAGAUUGAACUUGCGGAUUACCAAAAAACGGAUUGGGGGACACGGCCGCGUUGGAAUGCGUUCAAGGAGAGGUGGACGGGGCCAUUAAAAGGAAAGCUGGAUCCCAUGUACAAGCAUGACUUGCACUUGAAGAUGAUUGCUUCCUACGACUACCACAGGGGCACAGUUCUUCCUCGUGCCGAAGGCUUCACCCCAUGUAGAACUGAAAUUGUCAAUGCCCACUCCAAUAAUUUGAUUCCAAUCCAGAGACUCUGGGAUGCCACUUCUGGCUUGGAAUUUGAUCCCACGGGAGAAUUCUUGGCUUCAGUUAACCGAGUGGGUUGCCUGACGGUCCAAAGGUUUCAAACCCUUCGAUAUUACAGUGAUCACAUCGUGCGAAAGACAGGAGGUUUGCUGAUUUCCUCCAAAUCAAUAGAAUUGGUGGUGGUGCAGGUGGCUGAUUUUGGAGCUUUCAAAGUCCAAAAUGCCAGACCAACCCAGCUGAAGAUGGACUGCAAUGUGGCAACUUCGGUUGCCUGCACUUCGAUGCUUCUAGGGGAAGUCCUCAUAUAUGGCCUUGCUAGUUUCUCUUCUGAUCCACUUACGGUCUUGAGACUGAACAGGGGCACAAGGAUUACUGAUGUAGCUUUCAAUGGAUCCGAUGAUUCCAGAUUGUACGGUUCGGGUUUGAAUGGCAUAGUAAACGUUUGGGAUCCAAGAACGAGUUACUUACCGUGUUUGGAGCUCGUAACACACGAGCUGGUUCAUGACAUCCUUUCGCUGAAAAGUAUCCAGUUGCAUCAGGAUAGUCAGAAGGUCUUUGGGGGUGACCACUCUGGAAAUGUGUUUAUGUGGGACAUCCGCAACCCAUCCAUACCUGCAGGAGUGUGGAGAUUAAGAGAUUUACUUGUUACUAUUGGAUACGUACAGUCCAUCUUCAGCUGGGUUGGUCUGGCAUUUUGGACUUUGAAAGCUCCAAAAUCAGCCACCUGCACCACCACCACUUCUAUUGAUUAUAUGGAGGAAAUCAGCAAACCUCCUGUCUUUGGCACGAUGUGA